AUGCAGACCACGCAUAGACCUAUGAGUCUGAAGAGUGUUUGUUUUUUAGAAGUGUUUUCAUUAAAAAAAGGUCUUCUAGACCUCUUCCCCUUGCACACCUGGACUCAUAUCUUCAAGCCUCUUCUCAUCCUCUUCUAUUUCAAAAAACCCCUGGCAUGUUCCUCCUCCACAUCUCCCCUCCACCACCACAUCUCCGUCACCUUCCCUGCCGGCGCCCUACUGCCACACACAACCACCUCCUCCGUCGCCGCCAACCAAACACUCAUGGCGGUUGCCGGUUCCGAUGUCUGGCUCCUCGAUAAAGACGCCGGAGCUCUCCAUGGUGCCAAGGGUUCUAUCUCUAACUCCGUUCAACGUCUUGUCAACAAAGGUCAACUCUCCAAGGAAGUAGGAAUUAAGGCUCUAGAGCGUCUAAACUAUACUUCGAAUCUCGAAGAUCUUCGAUAUGCAGAUAUUGUUAUAGAAACCAGUGUAGAAUCUGAGGAUGUGAAGAAGAAACUGUUUGCAGAACUAGAUAAAAUUGUCAAAGGGUCCGCCAUUUUGGCGUCGAAUACGAGUUCUAUCUCCAUUAUUCGUCUUGCAGCUGCGACAAAACGACCACACCAGGUGAUCAGUAUGCAUUUCAUGAACCCCCCCUCCAAGUUUAUGUUAAUUGUGUAUGUUUAGGUUUAUGGUUAUUGUUUCAGAUUCAUGUUUAGAUAAUGUUUAUUGUUUAUGUUUAGAUUUAGGUUUAUGCUAAUUGUUUAUGUUUAGGUUUAGGUUUACAUUUAUGUUAAUUGUUUAUUUCAGCAGAAGUUAAAAACAAACAGUCUUCUUCUUGCAGACAGCAGAGAUUUGGUCCACCUCUUCUGCUACAGACGUCUGCAGAUGUGGUCCGCAGACUGCAGACAUUUUACCUCUGAAAAAACAAACAGCACCGUGUUCAUAGGAUCAUGGCUGUUUCAAAUGACAAACUGAACCAAAAAGCAGCAAAGGUAGAUCUAGACAUGCUGGUUGUGCUAGUAUAACACGACAUGACUCGACACGAAGUUGAUACAGGUCUAGGUCACAAACGAGUCAACGCGUUAAUGUCACAAUUAAAAGUGUCUUAACUCUUAACUCUUAAGUGGGUUCAACCAGCCUGACCUGCUUAUGACACAAAUAACAUGUGUAACUAAUCAUGUUAAACGAGUUAACAGGUCGACA